GAAUUAAAGCACGACCUAACACAGCUUCGCUAAAUUAACCCCAACACAACUCACAUGGAUCCGGAAUGUGACGAAAACGCAAUCACUAACGAACAAUACGAAGACUUGUGUCAGCAGUUUUCCUACUUAUCCACCUCUCGGCGUCUGGCAUGGGAUGAUCUGAAAGGUGCGUUGGAAUUAUUAAAUGUUUCAUUGGCCGGACAUGAACUUCGAGAACUUGCAGGAGCACCAAAGCAGUGGGUGACGAUGGAGGAGUUUGCCGAUCUGUACGCUAGAGCUCGGGAUAUGAAGGAUAACACGAAGAUGAUUCGUAAAGCAUUACUCCUCAAGGCGGUUACGGACGUGAAGGCUUUCACCAGCAAUAAGGAUAGCGACAUUCGUCAUUCUGUCAGCAAAGCCGAAGAACGUGGAUUCACACUCUGGAUCAACAAGCGUCUUGAAGGGGAUCCAGAUUUAAAACCUAACAUUUUGCCGAUUGACCCUAAUGUGGAUGGUCAGUUGUACGAUCGCUGCCGUAACGGUAUACUUUUAUGCAAACUGGUCAACGUCGUCGCUCCUAACACGAUUGAUGAACGCAGCGUGAACAAGGGGGCUGCGCUGAAAAACGUUUUUCAUGUGAACGAGAAUUUGACUUUGGCCAUCAAUUCGGCAGCCUCCAUCGGCUGCUGCGUGGUGAACAUGGGUCCGGACGAUGUUGAAAAACAAAAGCGACAUAUUGUACUUGGAUUAAUUUGGCAAUUGAUUCGCAAGGGCUUGGUGGACACAAUUACGUUGACACGGCACAGUGAACUGAUUUGCUUGCUUCAAGAAGGUGAAUCUCCUAAUGACCUGAUGCGCCUGAAGCCGGAGGAGAUUUUACUCCGUUGGGUUAACUAUCAUUUGGAGCGUGCUGGAGUAGAUCGAAGAAUGAAAAAUUACAAUCGGGACCUAAAGGAUUCUGUGAUAUACACAUACUUGAUUAAUCAGAUAGCACCAUUUGAAAAGCGGGGAAAGCUAAAAUCCCCGGCAGAAAUACUAAACUCAUCGAGUGAUAAAGAGCGAGCAGUUCAAGUACUUAACAAUGCCGAGCUCUUGAAUGCCAGGACCUUCUUAUCACCAGAGGACAUUUACAUGGCUAGUGAACACACAGAUCGGUUGCAUUUGGGAUUUUUGGCGACGUUGUUUAACAUGUACCCAGGAAUGGAUCCGCAGGGAACUUGGACCAUCGAAGGUGAAACACUCGAGGAGAGGACGUAUAAAAACUGGAUGAACUCUCUUGGAGUCAGGCCUUUUGUCAGUUUUAUCGACAUGGAUCUCAGCAACGGUUUGGUGCUGCUUCAACUCAUCGAUAUUAUCCGGCCUGGAACAGUGGACUGGUCGAAAGUUGUGCACAAUUUCGAUCCAAUGAAGCGAUUAUUUCAAGAGCAAGGGAACUGCAACUUGGUCAUCACUUCGGCGCGCUCCAUCAACAUUGUGUUUGUCAACGUGAGUGGGGAGGAUAUUAGAGAAAGAAACAAAAAGCUCAUCCUUGGAGUAGUCUUCCAACUUAUGCAUGCGUACACCUGCAAGCUGUUGCAUGAGGCUGCUGGUGAUGGGACGCUCGCUCCGCGGGAUGAAAAAGAAGUAAUCACCUGGGCCAAUGAGCGGCUGGCAGAUGCAAAGGCACAACCAUUGCGUGGGCUUCGUGAUCCUGCGUUCGCCACUGGCGUGCCGAUCCUACAGCUGUUGGAACAAAUUCGACCUGGCUCCACCAAUCGGGAGGUGUGGAAAGGAGGGAAGACUGAUAAUAUGUCCAUGUGUACCUACGCCAUCUCCUGCUGCCGCAAAGCUGGAGCGUGCAUUUACGCCCUACCAGAGCAUUUACGAGAUCUGAACGGCAAAAUGAUACAGACUGUCUUGAUUUGUCUACAAGCCCUGGACUACAGUCUGCAAAGAAGAGCAGAGCACAGUAAAACAAAGGUAAAAAAGACGAAAAUUAACUGGCUUCCUGUAGACGACCCUGAUAAAUCCCUUUCAGAAUCCGAAUAAAAUUGGUAGAAUUAUCACAACGGCAUGAUACAGGACAGCCUUUGUUAAGAGAUGCUCUGUUUGAAAAUCUCAUUUUGAAUCUUGUUGUAAGCAGGUGCGCAGAUUGUCAUUGUACUUUUGGUGUG